GUAGCGUCACUUCCGGCCAGCUGGAUCUUAGCUUCUGCUUUUUGAGAUAUCUUUGAAUCCGAUGGAAAUAGAGACAUUUUGGAGUUUAAUUAUUCAUAUAUCCGGUUGAACACUGGAAUUUCCAGCAAGUGGGGGCACCUCUGGAUGCUGCACUAACCACCCCACACACAUUAUAAGGUAACUGUGAUAAGGUAGCAUUGUAUUUUACUUUAUUUAUGGAGAAAUAUAGCACAAUUUAUACAAUUAAAUAAUAUUGUAAAUUUGUUAUUAUAUAUAAUAUAUAUAUAUUCCCUGGUGAUAUCAGACAUGGUGAGCAUGUGAGCUUUUUAAUCAUGGGCACUUAUAAAAGAUGCAGGCUGAAGGGUUGCAUAACAAAUUAACUAAUUUAUAUGAUUUGGAAUACAUUAGUUUAAAACAAUUUCCAAUGUAAUAACAGCCGCCCAACUCAUUAGUUUAAAGGAACACUACAAGUGUCAUAACCACUAAAACGCGCUGUAGUGGUUAUGGUGUCAGGAGUGCCCCUCUCCUCCCCCCUAAUGUAAUCAAUCAAACCGUUUAGUAAAGGCUGUCUUUUUAUACCCGCCGUAAGAAACUCCCUAUCUCCUCUUCUCCCUUCCGAAAGCGCUCUUUACUGAGGUGAGCCCAGCUGAAAAUCUAAGCCGAUGAGCUGGCUCUACUAGGCUCUUACUUCCAGUUGUCUGCCCAGUGGACGUCAAGUCAGGAGUCAAAUCUUUGACUACUUGCAUUUAUGGGUUCACAAAGUCACUCCUGGCACUAAUAUCGCUUUAGAAUUACAAAUAAGUACAUAAUACCCAAGGACUCUCACUUGCAGGUGUCCGCUUUGCUUACCCAAAUUCAGGAGUCAAACUGUUAGCAGUUUGACUACUUACUUUGGGGGUGGGUGGACAAGGCACCUCCCGGCACCAAAACUUCUCCAUCAUUACAAAUAAAUACAAAGUACUCCAGGUAAAAAAAAAAAACCUGAAGACCAUCAAGUCUAUAUCUGUGGGUGAUCCAAAAGAAACAAAACAAAAAUCCCAUUAGUAGUCAAUUUUAUUCUGGAACAAACUGGGAAAAAUCCUUCUUGAUUCCAAAACGAUAGUAGAUAUCUCUCUGGAUCAACAGACUGCUACCUCCUUCAUUAAAGGGAGACUGUAGGCACCCAGGCCAUUUAAUCUCAAUAAAACAGUUUGGGUGCCAUGCCACUGUAGUUGAAAACACUGGCAUUCUGCAUAACGGCGAUGUUUUCAUUGCUGGGUUUAAGUGCCUCCGUGACUGUCACUCAGAAUGCAACUAAAGACGCCUCUAAGGGAAAUAUCUGAGUAAAAUGCUGCUAUUUUUAUCAGAUGGCUUCAUAGAGCAUGCAUACGCACUAGCCUUUAAAAUGCUUCCCUAUGGGAUCGAUCUUAAUGAUCUCAGUUAAGGAGGCGUGCCAGAAUGACUUGUACUGCAAGGAGAAAAUAUAAGUAAAAGUUAUUUUUAUUUUCUCCCUGCAGGUGGGGGCUGCUCACCUAAAUGGUCACCUAAACGUCAACAACAUGUGUUCAUUUAAUAAUUGUACCCUGUACCCUUUUUUUUUUUUUUAAAUCCAGAUUGUUCUUUAAAACAGUGGUUCUUAAAGGACCAUUUAGUGCAGUGGUCCUGUUAUUUUAACUCUUCAAUGUAAAAAGUUUUGUACAAACUGUAAUAUUUCCACUGCAGGGUUACGUACACCUCUAGUGGCUGUCUUCUUGAGGACAUCCAGUCUCAGUGAAAAUCCCAUUGAGUCCAUGCUUUCUUAUGGGUAAGAUGUGAAGGGUGUGGCUGCUGGGGAAGGGGUGAUCAGAGGGGACUAUAGUGUUAGGAAUACAGCUUUGUAUUACUAACACUUUUAGUAUCCCUUUAAAUGCUCCUUAAAGCAGUAUUUGAUUGGAAGAGCGUGAGACUCUUUAUUUUGUAGUUUGUUGCAGGGGAACAUAUCUUGGUGUUGAGGCCUACUAUUCCAUAUGCAGCCCAUUCUCCCAUGUGUCUUAGUUCAGAAUCCAUGUGCCUCACACUACACAAACAAUACAGUCAGUAUCUAUCAAAGCAAUCACUCUCUCUCUAAGGGACGAUUUUUUUUCAGCAUUUGUACACCCUGUCAUUACUGUGCUUGCUUUUGAGUAACCCAACGCCCUCCUCCAGAGCUGAGUAGGUUGUUUCUGGCUUUUGCUCACCCCAUUUACCAGAUGCAAACCCUGAAAACUCAUUGCACUACUUAGCUUCCUCGGGAAAUGCUGUGCCAUUCAAGUGUUUUAAAUUAAUAUCAAAAGGCCAUAGCUAUAAGCAAAUGCUGUUUGAAUUGUCACUCUCUUGAGUACAAGCUGCUUUCACACUUUUGGGGGAGCCCACAACAGUGUAGCCAUCAUUUGAGCCUGCUGUUGAUUAGUUAGGACCUGGAUCCCUAGCGGAAUCUUGGCUAAAUGUUGUAUGAUCCUAUAGAGGCUCCUGCUACACCUUGGAGGGGUUGCGCAGUUGAGUGUUUAGGGACUGGUGGGUUCUGGGUUCUCCAUGUCUCUUCUUGUCCCAUUGAAACCUGCUGUGUGGCUAGCCUUGAGCAGUCGUGGCCUGGAAUCACCUGUUGAGCCAUGAAACAUUGUGUUUACAUCUCUGGGCAGAGCUUAGUACACAAAAUAUAUUUUCAUAUUCACACAACCCAGCACUCAACCUCAUACAUUUCCCUUUAUGGAGUUUUACUCCAUUUCAAUUUACAUUUCCCUCCACCUUCAUAUUCAGAGAAAGGGAUUGCUAUCUGGCCUGUUUGACGGCUUUGUUUUUGCUACAGGUAUCAGAUGAUGUCUAUUAGGGACUUGUUGUGUAGGUUUUUAUAUGUAUCCGUUUUCAGGAAAGUUACAUUUCCCUUACUAGCUAUAUAAGAAUGGUCUUUCGGGUUCCCUGGUCACCAGCAAUUGAAUUUGAAUCCCACUUUUGGGUCUACAUGAACGAUCUAUACCUAUCUGUGUUCUCCUAUAUAACUAAUUAAUUUAUUUUUAUGUCAUCUCUUCUUUUUCUCAUUUCUGCUUUCACUUCUGCCCAGUCUUCUACUUCUCCCUACUACAAGCCCUAGUUACUUGUUUGCAAUUUACGUAAUUCUUGUGUCUUUUCUGAAUCAGACUAUUUUUUAUUAUAUGCUGCUGCCCGGCUCCAUUAAUAACGCGUAACACUCCUUACUGAAUAUCUUAGGUAAUGUUGCCAGAUUAGGUAACAAUUUUUGCAAGUUUGCAUUAGCCUCUUCAAUGGUGUAUAAUGGAUAUCUCCUGAUACUGCUUAUAUGAACUGUAUAACCUUUACUAAUUUACACUAGACUAGAGCAAAGUCACCUCUUUGCGCUCAAUUUAAUAUUGUUAUCUUGUCCAGUAUUAUGCCUGUCUCUAUCAAAAAAUCUUAAAGAAAAAAACAAACAAAUAUAUUUAUUUUAAACCUUACAUAGUAUUAUAAAUAUAAUAAAGUAUCACACCAAUGUAAGAAACACGGGGGCAUAACACGCCAGCAUCAUGUCUUUAGGAAUAGACUGUACUGACUGCUAAAUGUAGCAGUUGGUCUUUAAACCUUAAAGCGGUACUGUCAUGAAAGGUUUACCGUAAUAUGACCCCCCUAAUGUAUUGACUGCUUCAUAUAAUAGAAAUACAUUACUCGGUGUAAAUUAUCAAGAUAGCGUCUCGCCAUACCUCCAAUCCAAUACCCCCAUGUCUUCACCUUCGAGGAUGUUACUCUUCUGCCUCCGGUCCGCCCACUCUUUUCUUUCAAUUGCCCUUCUUUGGGAUGCCUCCACAAGCAGGACAACCUCCUCUUUCAUGCUAAUACGCUGGCUUUAUUACCAGCAUACCAGAUUAUCGGUUCUGACAUUUAUUAGAGCCGAUAUUCAGCAUGUUUCUGAUAAUCAUUAUUGUAAUUUACUUGUAAUUUACUGAUAUUACGGAUAAUUUACAUCAUCCCUCCCUGUGAUUCCCCUGCAUGCCAGUCUCAGCUUAAAGGGACACUGUAGGCACCCAGAAAACUUCAACUCAUCGAAGUGGUCUGGGUGCAAUGUCCCAUCACCCUUAACUUUGAACAUGGUUUUUAUAAACUGCAGUAAUUACCUGCUAGGGUUAACUCCACUAGAGGGACUAAAUGACGCUGGACUUCCUCACGCUAUGCAUGAGGACUUCCAUCGUCAUCGGAAUACCCACAGGAAAGCAUUGAAUAAGGCAUUAGGUCUCCUCCGCCAGCUGACAGCAGGGGAGGAGCGUGCCCGGACUCGAGCCAGCGCUGGAAAAAUGAUAGUGGUCCAUCCCUAAUAGCAACUUUCAAAUGUUUUUACAGUUUGGCCAUUUUAACAUGAAAUUUUAAAUUCAGUUUAAUAUUCUGGCAUUCAUACUUUUUAGUGAAAAGCCUCGAUAGAUAUGCUUAGCAGAGCUAUAAAAAAAAACCAAAUCUCCUGUCUGUCUUGUCAGAUGCCUAUGUUCGGUCACAUGUUUGCACCAUUUAAAAAAAAAUCUUGAAAAAAAUAAAUUCUUUGUCAUACUUAUAUAGACUUUUCACCUCCAUUCCCAGAGACACAAUGAUAAUUUCAGUUGUUUUAAAUGCUUACAACUAUUUUUAUUUUGUCAGACAUGUUCUCCUUCUGUAUAUUCCUGCUUCAAAUUAAGUCUGUUUUGUUUUUUACUCUGUUACCCCAUUAGUGUCAUGGCAGAGAGAAGCAAUACCAGCUGGGUCCGGACUGUGUCUUCAUUUCAUGCCAGUCCUAAAUCCUUUUUAUCCAAUGUUGCUCCGGAUGCUUUUUUGGAUGAGCUCAUAACAGAUCUUACAAGUGAAACUAUAAAUGAGCAAACAAAGGUAAGAUAUCCUAUAUUUCCUCUUAUUUUAUUUUUAUUUUAUUUUUUAUUUUAUUGAAGUUUUGCAAAACGGGUAGGAGAUUUGCUACAUUUCUUUAAUCUGAAUGCAGUUGCACCCAGCUAAAAUAUUGUCACAGUGACACAUUGCCUUGCUGUGCAUGUCCAGUAGUUAUAGAGAACAUGGGCUGUGCCUCCCUGAAUGUAAGAUAAAGAUUUAAUAUUUUAUUAAACUACUUUAACCGCCUCUGUAAAGUUUAGUUGCUUAGUGAUGAUCUCAUCAACGGAAGUUAAAAGUAGAUCAAUGCUAGAUGAAAGCACUGGUCUUUGCUGCUGGAUUGUACACCGCCUAUCUCAAAGAUAAUGUCGACAUUGUAUAAAUAAAGGUCAAGGCAAGAGGGCAAAAUGCAGUGAAGAUGUCCUUCAUGCCCCUACGCAGUGAUGAACUAUUAACUGUCUCACACUGUAUUCCAAUCUCUCAACUAAGAUGAGUGUAAGUUGCUUACAGUAUUGGUGGUACUCAUAACAAAAAAUAGGACAUACACUCAAAGGAACACUGCAGACACGUUGGGUACAAAAUGCAGGCCAGAUGCAGUUAGCUAUUGUUUUGGCGUCAGAUUUUAUUUUAUUUAUAAAAAAAUGUUUUAAGCUCCAAGCUCGAUUUCCACUAAUUAUAUAUACCUAGAGUAAAACAGCUGUGAUGGCUUGUCAUGUAGCUGUAUUAUCCCAAGGUUGUGGGGGGUUAUUUCAGCUGUAAAAGACCUGCUGAAAGCUGUACACCCUCAAUUCACUUAAGUUGUAAAAAAAAAAAAACCUUGAAUUUAUCUUUUGGCACAUAGUAAUUGAUUCUAUUUUUUAUUAUCAUGUAAAAUGUAAUAAAUGUGUUGUUUUUUGGGGGGGUUAUUCUAUGGACCUAUAUUUUUUUUUUUACUUGCCUACACUGUUCACCCCACUAAAAACUGUCACUUCCCGAUAAGUAAUAGUUCCACCUUAAAGCGGCACUGUCACGCCAAACGUACCUUUCGCCUAUUGUUUCCUCCUAUGUUUCGCUCUCAGAAUCUGUUCUUGUUUUCUUUAAAACAUAAGACAAAGUAGGAAAUACUUUGUCUUAUGUAUUUUUCAUACGCUCGACUUUCUUUGACCUAAGGAGGAGCUUAAGUCAGCUUCAUUUCCUUUGUCAAAGGAGGCACUCGCUAUUCUCCUUGACACAGUAAAUGGGGCUGAAUUAAGCUCCUCCUUUGGUUAAAGAAAGUACUCACUGUGGAUACAUGGAAUGGCCUUCCAGCUGAAAUGGUAGAGGUUAACAGUGCAUGGGAUAGGCAUAAGGCUAUCCUAGCUAUAAGAUAAGGCCAGGGACUAAUGAAAGUAUUUAGAAAAUUGGGCAGACUAGAUGGGCCGAAUGGUUCUUAUCUGCCGUCACAUUCUAUGUUUCUAAGUACUCACCCUUCUCCUUGAUACAGGAAGUGGAGCUGACUUAAGCUCCUCCUUAGGUCAAAGAAAGUCAAAAUAGGGAAAAAUAGUCCCUACUUAGUCUUUUUUUUUUUUUAAGAAAAGUAGAUCAGAAAUAAAGAAAAGAAGAACAGAUUCUGAGCGAGGAAGAGAAGAGGAAACAAUAGGGGAAAGGUACCGUAUAUACUCAUGUAUAAUUUGAGUGCAGUUUUUGACCAACAAUUGUAAUAUAUACUAUGACUUGUGGAUAAGUCGAGAGUACGAGUUUCGAAUGAAAUUGUUCCCCUUCUGUUUGGUUACCGAACAGACUCUGUGUGGUCCCCCUUGUCAACACCUCGUAAUCACUGACCACCCCUGGCUGUUAAGCGCAAACAAGCAUUCCCUUGGGUGUCCGUCAUUCGUAUAUACGAACGCACGUGUUUGUCUCCCGAGCGCAGGCAGCGGUACAUGAUCGUAGACGGCAUGGAUCUGAGUCGGCUAUGCAAGUUCGCGAACCCCGUUGAAACUUGUACCCCUGCCCGUUCGACUUCCCGACCAGCUAGGAGAACGGCGUUCGAGAGUCAACAUUGCCCCGCAUUCAAUGUACAAAAUUCUGUCAACACUAGCAUAAGUCGACUGCGUUUUUAAAUCUCAACUUAUACACGAGUAUGUACGGUAAGUUCGGCAUAACUGUGCCGCUUUAAGUGUCAUGUGAGAUUGCAUAUGAGAUUUGUUAUGACAAUGCCAUCCAGUAAUGUAAAAAUCAUUGUAACAAUAGUAACUGCAUCUAAAAUGCAAUGACUGAAUAUAUGAUAUGGAUGUGAAUUGUAAUAAGACUUGCCAUUGCUAUUUUAAUCUGAAUUUUUAUUGUCUCUGUUUAAUUUAUAUUGCAGGUUUUAAUGUUGAAUCUCUUCUUGGAGUUUCCUAAUCAUCUGUGUCCAGAUCAGAGUACAGGAGAAAAGACCACAGAGCUACUACUGAAUAUUUUAAAACCCAUGUUAAAGUCUGGAAAAAGUGUACCUUUUAGAUGCCAUCUUUUAUUAGCAAUUGAGACUGUUUUGAUUACAACUGAUAACUUUAAUCUCACUUGCAAAGUAGCACAAGAGUUUGCAUCUAUGUUAAUGCACAUCACAGCGGACAUAAAUGACAGGAAGCAAGGAGCGGUCAACCGACAACUGCGCGUCACAGCUUGCGAGUGCCUGCGGGAAUUGGAAAACUGCUAUCCUGGAUUUCUGUGUGACCGACUGGAAACACUGUAUUAUAUGCAUCAGCAAGAGAUUACUUAUAUACAUCAAUCAUACACCAUUCUAUACACUGUUGCUUUAAAGAAUGCUGUGCAGGUGUUGGCACGGAGAGGUGGUCCAAACAAUGGCAUGCUAAAGGUGAUACUGACGAGUAACAAAUACUUUUUCUGGAACGCCACAGAAAAGUCUAGAGUUCUCCAAUCUACAUCAGGAGAACAGGCUGUGUUACUUGCUCCCAAUAGUGAAACAAAAGAAAUUAAAUCUGUUCUAGCACUUCUUUUAGAAGACUCAUACCUUCUAUCACCCAUUUGCCAAAAUACUCUGUUUUGGCAAAUAACUCAGAUAGUAUCUAUGAUCAGUUCAGUAUCACCAGUGGUUUUUAAAUCACAACUAGUCCGGUUAUUUGGUACGAUGGACAUAUCAUUUUUUCACAGUAUACUGCAAAUGAAAGCCGUAUUUACUGACAGUCUGUUCACUUCAGAAGAUGAACACUUCCUUCUUAAAAGACUUGUAGGUAUGACACAGCACCCACUUCUUAGCACAGCAGUGAAACUAUUUUAUUUAGACUGUUUGUUACAUUUUCCAGAAAACAGACCUCUUAAUUCAAAUCCUGGGGAGAACUUGCCCGUUCUUCUUACUGUUCAAAUGACUUCAUCUUUGUUCCCUACUAUUUUUAAUGACUACAGCACCAUGCUUUGCAGACAGAAUUUGCUAAGCAUGGUUUAUUUGGAAAAUGAAGGGUGUCAUUCGGAGACGGGCAUUGGGUUUCUUUUCGAACAUCUCAUGUCACUUUAUAGCAUGGUACACAGGAAUGGAAACUGUGACAUUACAUCAACGUUUUUUCGAGCUUUCUAUCUUUUUGUCCGCUAUUUUAACAGCUGUGAAAAAUAUAUGGAAAAUCUGAUAAAAGUCCUCUUAGAAUUAUACAGGAGUCAGAGCUCCUUAGCUCCUUACUUUAUCAAUCUUAUUAACGAGACUCAAAUACUGCUUGAAUUUCAUUCUUGGCCGAUCUCUUUGUCAAAAGCCUUGCAAAAGCUAAUAGUUGAUCUUCCUCUUGAAAAACAAAAUGUGAAGUGCCUUGGUUGGCACCUGCAAGUUCUUGCAAGAGUUGCGCAGGAGAAUACUAUUCAGCAAAAAAAGACGGUCUCCUUUCUGAAACGAGUGGCUGUGCAAUCUGGAAUAUGUCAGAGAGGAGACUGGAAGGCAGGCAAUGCUGUUUUGUCUGUGUGCAAGAACCUGCUUCAGCAUCAGCACCUCGACUCUGUAUUCAUGCUUCUGGCUGAUCUCCUGCAGUAUCUAAUGCACCAUUUUGAGGAUAUUGACAUCCAAGAUCAUGCUCGGUUAUACUACAUCCUUCUUACAAAUGUCGCCAGUGAUAAACUGACGAAGGUACUAACCAUGUCACCAGUAAAGGGUAAGAGCAAAGCAAGGUCCUUGUCUUCUAUCAUGACAGAAAAUGAGAAUUUCUCCACUCUUCUGACCAUUCACAAUACUCCAUGUACAGUGCUCCAGUUGUGUACGGUUCCAAAAGUUUCAAAUGAUUUUCCAGUUUGUUCUGAAGCCUCAGUGUUGGAUAACUCAACAAGUGACCAUUUGCUUGAAGAAUACAAUAAACAAUUGAUUGAGCGGAGUUUUUUUCUUACAAUGAAAUACCAUUUGUCCUUCAAAGGAGACAUCGAGCCCAAAAACCACCAAGUCUUCUGUAUUGCACUUGAGUUUGAGCAGGUAGAUUCCUGCUAUGAACCUAUAAGUGAAAUUACUGUUCCGUGCCUCAUACUUGGUCGAGAACCUCCAGUUGUUACAUUAUAUAUAAUACCUAAAGAUCCUUACCCAUCAGUCAUACAUGUAAAUGCCACAUAUGAUAAUCAAGAUGGACUCACGUACAAUACAUGUCUGGAACCGCUUCAGAUCAAGUUUCCAGAUAUUUUUUUACCUUUGCCAUUGCCAUCGAGUUGUCCCGAAAUUUCCCGUGCUCAGUUGUUCGACAAACUGUGGCUUACCCUACAGCCAGAUGAAUCAAACCAGUGCGAGGACAGCACUUUCUGCUACAACGUGCUACAAAAGUCUCUAUAUGAUGUUGCACAGUCUUAUUUUUCCAACUUUGUUGUGGUUUAUAAAGGCGAUGAAUACAAAAUUGGUCUGUUUUUACCUCCGCAGUUUCAUAUAUUAAUGCACAUUAAGAGUGAAAAGGACAUCGCAAAGUUCUCUAUCAGGACUGAUAACUGGAAAUUGCUGCCUCUUUUGAAUUCCCACUUGCUGAACAUCACAUCACAGAAAGAUCUAUGAAGGAUUAAGAGUUGGUCACAUUUUGCUUUUGACAUCUUGUGUCUGACACAUUUUUGCAUAUAGAGUUGCUGUUAUAUGUGCAAAGAUUGUAAUAUAUAUAUUUAUUGUAGAUUCCAGUCACUGAAUUCAGUAAGUUAAUAGUUUGAUGUACUGCAGUAUUUUUCUAAAAUAAUAAUAAUUGUUUUAAUUUGAUUAAGAGUACGAAAAAUCAAAAAGUAAAUAUUUUCAUUAUAAAUGUGUAGAUGCAUUCUGUUUUUCAUUGUGUUCUUGGUGGACAAGUAACCAAUUUAUAACGGAUACCAAAGACACACUACUUUUUUAAAUAUUAUUUUCAUGGAAUAUUAAAAAAGACAUUUAAGGAUCAGCCAAUAUAUUUGGGAGUAGGUCAGCUGCAAUGCAUAUUUCGGCUAGUCAAAUCUGACUUGUAAAAAAAAAAACUAAAAUCUCUAUCUAAAACAUUUAGAACUGUUACCUCAAUGUGACACCGCAUUUUAAAUCUUUAAAUUGUUUAUUUAAUAUUGACAAGGUAACUGAAAAUUAAUAGACUAAAAAUCGCAGAAUUGAAGACUUUUUGUCCAGUUUAGUUGUUUUUGCUUCCUAUUUGAAAUAACCUUGUCAUUUCUCCACACUUCGUGACUUACAGCGCGUAAACCAAUACAAGUUUCUUAUCUUCUAUGCUCCUAAAACUAUUAAUAAUUUGGUUUAAAUGUCUGCUGGUUCCUACAUUGUUUUAACAUUAUCAGCACCUGUAACAGAAUGUAAAUAGGACAAGCAAGGUGGUGACAGGGUUGUUAACUUUUUAGCUGUACCCCAUAGAACAGUCAUAAAUAUCCUUUGGCAUUAACUGUGUUCCGCAAGGCACAGUCUCUACUUGAAAAGAUGUAAUCCAACAGCUGAGGUGUUAGACAUUUAGCCACAUCGACUGUAAUUUUAAAUGAACUGAAAUUGGUGUUUGCACAGUCACAGGCCCACAUUAAGUUUUCCCCAAGCCUGGGAAUCUGUACAGGUUUUAAUAAUGCAGUCUGGAGCAGUUUCCGCUUAUCCAAAACACGCUACCAAAUUUAAAUAAAUAAAUUAAAUUGACAUAGUUAUACUUGUUGCCUUGAGACAGCAUUACUUGGCUAUUUCUCUUUAGUAUCAGUGUCUUUAUUUGUAUGCUGUUGUGGUAUUACUGCUUUCUGUAUUUAAUGUUUUUGUGAACAAAUUCUGCAUUUAAGCACCACUAUCACGUAAAGUAAACUUCUGUGAUCCCUGUUCAUGGCCAGUAUAACACCAUGGGUCUAGUGCACAUAUUUACAUCCAGCAUAUUAUGGGAAGAUGGCUCUGUGACCUUUGCCAGAGUUAGUGAUAGGGUAACUGUCUGCAGAACUAGUGCAAACAAUGAGAAAUUUACUUGAGUAUACGAUACUCUGUCACUAUGUUAAUGUGUAUUUAAAAUUUAUGUAACCUGAUGUCCCAGAAGAAACAUUCACAAAUAAAAUUUUAUCAGGCAAUGAAGCUACUGGGUAUAGAACCAAGAGCUUGUUCCCAAACUGUAGUAACCACUGAUAUUCCUAAAACACUGAAGGCAGUGGAGUAAAGACAUUUUGCAGAAAACACAUACAAAAUUUAGAUGUUUUAGCUCACACUCCUCAGUAAAUGAAAAAUGUUCAAUUUUGGUAUGGUAAUGAACCUCGCUUUUGUCCGUGUAUACCGAAAGGGCUGAGGGUGUCACAUGUCAAACCGGUUACUAAGGGAUGGCAGCAGGUGCCUCCUGAAACCAUAUCCACUUCAGCUCACCUUCAACUGUCCAUCAAUUAGUAUUUCCCUCUCUUGCAAUGUUCACAAAACUCUGCAAGUUUUAUUCCUAUGUAUUUUUUUAGUAACCAGGAGAUUAGUUUGGGUCACACUUAGUCCCGAGGUAUUGGGAUCCCCCAGGCCCAUUACUAGAAAAGGAUUGUUCAUGCCCUGGGACCAUAUUAUAAUUCCCACUUCACUUUGUUUUCAACCGAAGACAAUUUCAGAGCCUAGUGUGAUGGGCCAGGGCUUUAUGUAUCUUUUGCCUAGUAUAUAACUCCCCUCCAAUUGCUAUACAUCGGAUUAAGGUAAAGGAAUGAUCCCUAUGGAAUUCAGCACAUCCUGGUACAUAGGUUAUUCCCAU